AUGCUGUUUGGUGGCACGAAGUCGGAACCACAGCUACACAAAGGUCAUCGCGUUAACGUAAAGAGCUUGGACGACUCAUAUGAUUGUAAUUUUGUGGCUCUGAGUCAGAAGGUCAUUUGUCAAAAUAUUCCUUCGAUAAAUAAAGGACCGUGGAUAAAGGAAUUGCAGUCCGAAGGGAUACAACUCACCGACGUCGAUUCCAGGGACGAACCAGUAUCAAUUCUGUUAGGGGCAGAUAUUGCAGGGAAACUGAUGACAACUGAUCGUAAGGAACUCAAAUGCGGAGCCAUAGCCUUGAAAACGUUACUCGGUUGGACUCUAAUGGGGAAGACAAACGUCCAGUCAAGCCGGAAAAAGGAAGAUACAGCUCUUAUGAUGGUGUCUAUGUUUGUUCAGGAAGCCAGUAUCACGGAUUUAUGGAAGUUGGAUACAUUAGGCAUCGAGGAUCCUAUCAUGAAGAUUACUGCAGAGGAGCAUCAGGCACAAGUGCAGGAAACUUUUCGACAAACAAUCAGGAUGAACGGCGAAGAUCGAUAUGAAGUACAGCUUCCAUGGAAGAAGGAUCAUCUCCCGUUAACCGACAACAGAGUUACUGCGGAACGUCGACUUGAUUCCAUCACGAAGAAACUCAAAAUGCAGGGAUUUUACGAGGCCUAUCAGGAGAUAUUUCGUCAAUGGCUAGCUGAAGGGAUCAUCGAGAAGGUUCCUGUCGAAGAGGAGGAAAAGGAGAGUUAUUACUUGCCUCAUAGUGUUUGA